CUGGUAAACACACUUAUAAGGGGUCUAUUAUGGGGGAAAUUGUAGGUAUGGAAUAAAGCUGUUAGUGGGGAACUGAAGAAAAGUCAGACCAUGGAAUCGGUUGCUUUGUUGCUCACGUAGGGUUUGUAGGGUUCGUAUACUUCGAGAUGACCCGAGACAUAAAGAUCUGUAAAUGUCAGCAGGUCUGACUCGAGUGGUCAUGGGGUCGUGUGGGAUGGAGAUGGAAAAGAAAUGCUAGUUGUGUAUUUCAGGACCUUGAGGUUUUGUUAUGUCACGAGCUCAAUCAUUGCUACUUUCAACAUUGUGCAUGAUUAUAUACAGUAAGUGUCCUGUCAUUGUGUGAUGGGCUCUCAGUGAUACUCAACGUCCCCUCGGUCCUGACACCACAGGGGAAAUGGUCUUAGUGGGGGAUCUGGUAUACAAGGCGUCAUAGUGAGCGUGUGGACAAUAGUGACGAUGGUCAGAUGUCUCAGUCCUCAGAACGAGAUGUGAGGUCAGAGGAUAAGUGGUGGUGAUCGUGAUACCUGAGAGCUUGUCAUUAUUAUGUGGUUGAAUCUCGCAGCUGUAAAUGAGGCAGUGAAGAAAAGUCCAUAGACCCUCACAUGCCUGUCAUUAGCGUAUCCAUAAGGUCAUCCUUGUAAGACUGGUAGGAUUUGUUCGCUUCCGGCCUUGAGUUGAAAUCGAAGCUCUUUAAAGCAAAAGGAAAGAUUGGGAUCUUAUUUGGAACAUAUGCUUGGCAUCAGACUAAUGUUAAUUCAGCAGUACACCUCUAACCACCUGUAUGUGACCAUCUGCGUGCUGGAACAUGUUCUUGUAUCCAACGUCAAUUAAGUGCUACAGAAUUUGCUUUAAUGGGCAGAUAAAAAUGGGUUUGGGUUUAUAUUUAUAGAUAUCAUACUUAUUUGCAUGGCCAGGCAUUUUUGUCAUUUCCUGCUCAUGACUGGUUGCUAUAUUUAUAAAAUCCCCAACUAGUAUUUUUAGAAGAGAAGCAGAGAUAUGGAAAUAAUGGGCUGCGUUAUAAAUGUGUGUAUUUCUGCCAUUUCCUGCUGCUUUAACACAGUGUCUAAUUAAGUGGGAACACCACUUCCUGUUUCUGUGUCAACCACAACAAAAACAAGCACAAUUUUUCAUGAAUGUGUUUUUUCUGUUUCGGUUUAAUCAGUGGGUUUAUUUCACAGCACAGCUGGUGUAAUUCCUGCCAAGAUGGAGGUGGUUGAGUCUCUCAGCUAAACCCCUUUCCUAAAGGCCUGUGUGUUGUCGUAGCGAUGAUUGCGACUGGGGGUGUUAUCACGGGCCUUGCGGCCCUGAAGAGGCAGGACUCUGCCCGCUCCCAGCAUCACCUGCCCAUCCAGUCCCCUGCUCCUCCUCCUGAGAAGAAACGUCUGAAAAGAAAACCUCGAACUGAUAUCGUCGUGGUCCGUGGAAAAAUUCGCCUGUACUCUGCCUCUGGUUUCUUUCUAGUCCUUGGAGUCCUUAUUUUGAUGGUUGGAAUUGCCAUGGCUGUACUGGGGUACUGGCCUCACAAGGACCACCAGAGGACACCUGCAGGCAAACACUUGGGAAAUGACACUCAGGCGGCGGUAGAAGCAGCAGCAGCGCAGGAGCAGGCAGGGAAGAUGGCGCAGUUCUUUGAGCAGCACUUGCACUCGGAGAAAAUGAAGAUGCUCGGACCCUUUACAAUGGGCAUUGGAAUAUUCAUCUUCAUCUGUGCUAACGCUAUCUUACACGAGAACAGGGACAGAGAAACGAAGGUCAUUCACAUGAGGGACAUGUACUCAACUGUCAUAGACAUCCACAGCCUGAGAUUACAGGAGCAGAAAUGUAUGAACGGAGCUUACACAGGUCCCUAUGCUGACCAUGAGAUCCGCUCUUUCGGCCAGGACAGUCAUUACACCUCGCGACUAGCCGCUAACACGCUGCUGACGUUCUCAGGAUUAGGCGGCGAUGUAAGACUUUCCCGCCGAACAAGCUCUGCUGAAGAUGAGGAAGGCCUAAUGAGUGAAGGAGGCUCUGGCUUGUUGUCACCUGGAUAUAGAGAACGUUCAGGAUCGAUAUUCGGGUUUCAAUCAGAAGGGAUGUGUCACUGGGAGGACAAACGUAAUGAUCUAAAGAAGUGUCAGACGCGCUCCAUCGUAUCAUCGUCCAUCAGCGCAUUUACGCUUCCUGUCAUCAAACUCAACAACUGCGUGAUCGACGAGCCUGACAUUGACAGCAUAACCGAGGACUCUGAGCAGCUACGAGACAGAUCAAGACCUUUGUCCAUGGAGUCCUUAACCGUACCUAUUCCAGAUAUCUCGAAAGCCUUCAAGCCUCCCAGUACAACGUUGCUCCGGAGUAAUUCUGCUACAGAAUCCUCUGUGUAUGCAUCUGCAUCUGCAUCCUCCCUGUCCCCUGGAUCCACCAGCAGUCGGUACCUGUCUCCCGGAGCAGCUCGGAAAGACUUUGACUCGAACAAUUCCUUACACAUGCUCUCGGUUCACUCCAAGUCUCUGGACCUGGAACGAGGUCCCACCAUGCUGACCGUGCAGCCGGAACAGCGCAAGCACCCAAGCUGGCCCAGGCUGGACCGCAGCAACAGCAAAGGCUACACCAAGCUGGAGAAUAAAGAAGACCCGAUGGAUAGGCUGCUGGUGCCCCCAGUGGCUGUAAAGCGCGAUUACACCAAAAAAGAAAAACUGCUCAUGAUCUCAAGGUCACACAACAAUCUGAGCUUUGAGCAUGAUGAGUUUAUGAGCAGCACUCUGAAAAGAGGGACGUCCGAGACCAGGUUUUAAGGGACAUCUCGUGCACACAUUUUCAUCCCUCUGCAAUAUAAAUACCUACUUAUAAAUAAUGACUUUUUGUUGGUUUGCAACAUUGUUGAAGUGGUUGUGAAUUUCAGAAACACAAGUCCCAUGGACUACAAGCUCAGGUGGAUAUUCUGAUAGUCAGAGCAUUUCUAAAAUGACGCCUAAGGAUUUUUAACCCUGGAAACAAAACAGGUGACGGGUGAAUCGUUGUAAAUAGACUGUGAUGUAAUAGCCGUGUUGUUUGUUAAACACAUUUUAGUAUGUUUCUCUAUUUGAUAACCGUUAAUACAGGACCUGAUGCUAGUUUUAUGUGUGUGUGUGUGUGUGUGUGUGUGUGUGUGUGUGUGUGUGUGUGUGCACAUUGUUGUACCAGAGAUGGAUGAUUAUUUUGCUAAGAGAUUUUAAAUAAUUUAUUGUUCAAAAAAAAACCUAACAACUACCAAAACAAAAACACACACACGGCUAUUUUUGAACAAGAGUCUUCGAUGUAUAAUUUAUCUGCUUCUCAGAAUAAAAGUAACCUUUUCACACAAUA